UAUCUCAUCAAUAUCAAACUAGAGGGUUCUAAAAAGUCUGACAAAAAUGCCGAGAUCUCAAAGUCCGAAUUGCUCUCCAUCAAGAACAAGCUCUUCAAGGCCAACCCAGACGAGUUUCCACCAUCUUCAAUUGCUUACGAUGGAGAAAGUAAUCUCUUCAGCUCUGUCCAACUCCCAGUCAGUAAAUUCAGCGUGGAACUACAUCGCCGCAAAUAUACAGUUUCCAUAGAAUUCAAGAAGAACCUAGAACUUACUCACCUUUGGGGUCAUCCUAUACCGGAAGAGCUUUUACAUGGCUUGAAUAUAAUAAUAAAAGAAGACUCACUAAGGCAGAGGAUCAAAUAUGGGCAGGGCUUAUACUCCAGGAGCAAAGAUUGCGCUUUCAACAUCGGGAGAGGCAUCACAGCUCUUCAGGGCACACGACAAGCAUUUGCAUCCACUCUAAACGGCUUAGUGCUCCGAGUCGACUCCUCGGCCAUGCCCUUUCACAAACCCGGCCCGGUUCUCCAAUUCCUUGAGGAGAAUUUGAGGCUCUCUUUCAAGGAAAACACACAGCUAAGCAAGCAGCAGAGAAUUGCAGUUGAGAAUGCAUUGAGGGAUUUGCAAGUGACUGUAACACAUAGAAAGACCAGUGAGAAGUUCACCAUCAUUGGAUUGACUCGUUUGAAUACAGUUGACAUUACAUUUAGCGACGAUGGCUCAGGAAAGGAGGUGAACCUUGUGGAGUAUUACAGGAAUAGGUAUAAGAUCGAGUUCAAGUUUAAGAAGCUCCCUUGUUUGGAUUUGAGCACGAAGAGUAGGAUGAACUAUGUUCCUAUUGAGUUGUGUGAACUCGCGGAGGGGCAGAGGUAUCCAAGAGAUGGUUUGAGAAAGGAGGAAGAGAAGAGAAUGAGGGACAUGGCUUUAACUGCGCCAGCAAAGAGGCAGGAGAUGAUCCUCAAAAUGGUCUCUGCAUCUGAUGGGCCCUGCAGGGGAGAGCUCGCUAGAAGGUUGGGGAUCUCGCUCGUCCGAGAGAUGACGGAGGUGAGGGCGCGCGUCCUGGAGCGGCCCAGCCUGAGGCUGAGGAACCUGAAGGGGCAGUGCUACAGAUUUAAGAACUGGGGACGGGAUGCGCAGUGGAAUCCACUGACCAACAAGCUGCUGAGGGGCCAAAAACUGGAGAACUGGGCGAUCUUGGACUUCAGCGCCGCGCCCGCGUGCCCCAAGCAGCAGCAGCGCCUCCAAAUCCCCGCGUUCGUGCAGAGCCUCGUGCGCCGAUGCCGCGACCUGGGGAUUCAAAUAUGCGAGAGCCCCGCCUUCGUCAACGCCUCCGCCAUGGCCGCGCUCUCCAACUACAGGUGGCUGGCCGAGGAGCUGUCGAAAGCCAAGCAAUCGCCGGACGGCCGGGCGGUCCAGCUCCUGAUCUGCGCGAUGUCGGACCGCCACCCAGGAUACAAGAGCCUCAAGCUCAUCUGCGAGACGGAGCUCGGCGUCGUCACGCAAUGCUGUCUCAGCUUCCACGCCAACAACGCCAGAAAGCGCGACCGCGACCGCUAUCUCGCCAACCUCGCGCUGAAGAUCAACGCCAAGAUCGGCGGCACCAACCCCCGCAUCGGCGGCAGCCGUUUCAUGCUCAUCGGCGCCGACGUCAACCAUCCCCCGUGCUGGAACACCGCCAGCCCCUCCAUUGCCGCCGUCGUGGCCACCCUCGACCACCCCCAGCCCCACACCUACACUUCCAGGGUGCGCUGCCAGCCGCACCGCGUCGAGCAGAUCGUGCGCCUCGGCGAGAUGUGCAGCGAGCUUGCGGCCGAGUACGCUCGGAUCAAUAAAGCCCGGCCGGAGAAGAUCAUCUACUUCCGCGACGGCGUCGGGGACAGCCAAUUCGACAUGGUGCUGAACAAAGAGGUCAGAGACCUCGAAUCCGCGGUCGGAAGCGACGGGUACUCGCCGACGAUCACCGUCGUGGUGGCGCAAAAGCGGCACCACACCCGGCUCUUCCCGAAGGACGGCGCGGGGUCGACGAGGAGCGGGAAUGUGCCCCCGGGGACGGUGGUCGACACGGGGAUCGUCGACCCGUUGGCGUUCGACUUCUACUUGUGCAGCCAUUACGGGAGCCGGGGCACGAGCAAGCCGACGCACUACCACGUGCUGCGCGACGACCACGGCUUCACGUCCGACGAGCUGCAGAGGCUCGUCUACAACCUUUGCUUCACGUUUGCGCGCUGCACCAAGCCGGUCUCGCUCGUCCCGCCGGUCUACUACGCAGAUCUCGUCGCGUACAGGGCGCGAAUGUACUUCGAAGGCAUGUCGGACCUGCAAUCGCCGACAGCGUCAACCGCGUCGGCGUCGGCAUCGGCGUCUUCGACGUCGGCAUCUGCUUCUUUGGACCACUUUGUCCUCCCAAAGAUACAUGAGAAGGUAGACGGUAGUGUGAUGUACUGAGAGCAAAAUGUAUGAAAAGAGUCCCACCUAUGGUGCUUUUGAAUGUAUAAAUAAAUUACCGACCGUCCCUAUAGCAAGUGGCAAAAAAUUUGGUGGUUGGUA